AGAGGAAUGGACGUGGAUACUGGGGGAGAGGAACGUGUAUAGUUUGGAGGCCACAUUCGACUCGGGGCUCAGUUCAAGUUCACGCGUUCGUCUCACCAACAGGAUAUACGUUCAAACGGUGACAGCUAUGGCUAGUCUCGAGUUUUCUUUGGUUUUCACGUUGGUGCUUGCGGUCGUUUUCGCUUUCCCUCAGCCGAAUAGCGACGAUUCAGCGGUUGCGGUUAGUCCCGAGGCUUCAGCUCCAUCAGGGGAAGGCGAAUCGGUCGACACGCGUUAUCGACCUGUUCAUCGUCCUUACGGUUACGGCGGCCAACAAUAUGGAAGUAAUUAUUACAGCAAUCAACAAUAUCAAAGCCAUUACAGCAGCCAACAGUACGGACAUUCUUAUGGUCAUCAAAAUUACGGAUAUGGACAUCAGCCUUAUUAUGGCCACGAUUAUUACGAUCGCCCUAACGGAUACGGAUACAAUGGAUAUCCUGGGUACUAUUACGGAAGACCGCAAGGCAUUCUGGGCACUGUAGGCAACGUGUUGGAUGGACUUUUGGGUUUGCGUGAAGGUGAAAAGAAACAACCGACCGAUGGCGUCGUUGCUCCCGCCGACGCACAGCCUCCGGCGGCUGCCGUUGACUCCGCACCAGCUUCAGAAAUCGCCAGCGGUGGCGAUGGAGUCGUUUUCCAGUGAACAGAAACGCGGCAAAAUGAAUCACGACUUGAUUACGCGUCCAUUUGAUUAAUUCGGUGUGUAUCCAGUUAACCCCACCUAUCCCUUUAUGUCGUGAUCUUACAUGUUGUUCUGAAUAAAAUUGAUUGUUCCAUUAAAA